AUGCAGCAGAACCCCCUGGAGGGCUUGUGGAAACAGACCACCGCCCCCACUCUGAGUUCCCCGUCUGGGGUGGGAGAUGGUGCAUUUCCAACGAGGCAGCAGGCCGCGUCCCUGCUACUGGUCCGAGACCACACUUUGAGAACCACUGCUCGGGGCUGCCCGGGAGCCACGGGCCCCUCGGUACCAGAGGACCAACAGGAGACCCAGCUCCCGGCCAACCCUGUGGGAGCUUCUCUUCCAGCAGCAGCGUCCCCGGAGCCACAGCAGCCAGACCCCACGCAGAGAUUGUCUCCAACUCCCAAGAUUGUCUCCACGUUUUCAUUACAGUCCGAUCAUAUACUGGGUGACCCAGCUCUUGCUCUUGCUGCCCUUUCCUACAUUGUCAGCCAACGUAUGGAAAGUGCCAGCUCUGAGAACCCAUCUGCACCGUGUCCUAUAAUAGUACAUCCAAACCAACUGUCACAAGGAAAGCCCAGUCUGGCUCAAUUUCCUGAGGAGGCACACUGUUCAACUUUACCUGGAAAUGGCAGCCUGGGCCCACAUGCUGCCUCGUUGGCUGUCGGCAUCCCUCCCAAUUCUGAAAUGCCAGCAGAAGCAGAAGCCAGCCUUGGAAACAGUGCUAAGUCAGUGUAUUACCCAGCUUCACUGGGACAUGAGAACGGCCAAGAUACUGCCUCUUCAUCUGUUUUCAUCCUUCCCAAUUUUGCACUUGAGAAAGUUUUACUUGUUGAAAUGCCGGAAAAAGCAAAAACCAGCCUGGAAAACAGUUCUGAGACAGCGUAUUACCCAACUUCAUUGGGAAAUGAGAGUGGCCCAGAUCCUGCCUCUUUAUCUCAGUCCAUCCCACCGGAUUUCGGAGUUGCCGAUCAGGAAUUACAAUUCCCUGGAGAGCUGCUCCUGUUGCUGCGAGUGCGCCCCAACAAUAGCCAAGUUUCUAACUCAUCAUCUUUCUGCAUCCCAUACAAUUUUGGGUAUCUUGGUGAUCCAAAAAGGGAAGUCAAGGUGCUUGAUGCUCAUUUGCUGGUUGCACAAAAGAAGGCCAGUCCUAGGUAUGCAGUCCGCUACCUGAUUCAUAUUUUGUUCUCCAAGGAAAUUCUGAUGAACAGCUGGGUAGGUGUCAAUUCCCAAGGCCUCCCACCUCUAGAUCCAAACAAAAUGGCUGCAUUAAGAGAAUAUCUGGCAUCAGUAUUUCCCAACUAUGAUUUGCGUGAAUAUGGAAAAGACUGGCAAGCCUGUAUUGCCGAUAUCAAUUCUCUGAUCUACUCUUUGCGUUCCGAAGCCAACACAACACCACAGAAAACUGGUGCCAACAGUAAAGGCCCUACCAAUCCUUAUAUGCCAGUGGCUGCAGAUUUGAGUGGUAGAAGGUAUGGUAAAGGCAAAAAAAGCAGUUCCCGGUUAUCUCAGCAAACAGCUGCCUCAGAAACAAGAGGAAAUGGGAAUUCUCAGCAGAAAAGGAGUGCUUACACUAGAAGAAUUAAAGAAUGUCCCACUGAUAAUUCAACGGCAUUUUAUGAAACACUGGAAUAUAUUGGAAAUCCAGAUAGAAAUGUACUGUUGCCACAAUCAGUGCUAAAUAUAGCGAAAUCAAAGUCUCGCCCAGAGCUGUCAUCCAGAUACCUUAUUCGCAACCUGUUCACAGAGGACGUCCUGCUAAGAAGUAAUGUCUAUGGCAAUUUGGAGCGUGGCAUGUAUGCACUUAACCCUAAUAGGAUUAAUGCUCUUCGAGAAUUUCUUAGAGACACCUACCCGACUUGCGAUCUAUCAGAAAAUGGAUAUGACUGGAAGUUGUGUGUCGCAGCUAUCAAUGGUUGUAUCCGUAGUCUUAGAUAUGACUCCAAGAAGUCCGCAUCCAAAGCAUAG